AUGGAGGAAUUAUGCAAAAAAUUAGAAAACUUAAAGGAAAAUUUAAACAUUUUUUGUAAGAAAAUUAAUGAAUUUUAUUUAAAAAAAGAUAAAGGAAACUUUUUUUCAACUAAUAAAGAAGAUGACAAUUUUAAUGAUAUGCUAUUUUUAAUACAAUAUUCACUGAAAUAUAAAAAUAAAUGUAGAUGGCCUGAAUACAAUGAUUUAUUUGUAAUAAAUUAUAACAUAAAUGAUAAUUUUAAAACUGUUGCACAAAAAAAUAAAGAAUUUUUUAAAAAUUAUAAAAGUUUUGUAUUAAAUAAGGAAAUAAAUAUUGGGAAGAAUAAUAUAAAUGAAGAUAUGAAUAACAAAGUGAGUAAUACAAAAGAAAAUGUAUCACAUGAAACGAAAAAAAAUAGUAAUUAUGACAAUAAAAAUGAAAUGAAUAAUUAUAAUAACUUAAGUAGAAGCAACAACAACAACAACAACAAUAAUAAUAAUAAUAAUAAUAAUAAUAAUAAUAAUAGUAAUAGUAAUAGUAAUAUAAACGAAAAUAUAAAAGAAGAGAAUAAGGGAAAAGAUGAAGAAUUGAACAAUUGUAAAAAAAAAGAAAAAAAAAUUAAUACAUAUUUUAAUGAUGAUAUAAGUUUAUUUAACAAAAUAAAACUACAACUUCUUAUGUAUUUUGUACUAAAUAAUUACAGAGUCAAAAUAUUAGUUGAUUCUUUAUCGGCACUAAAUCGUCCAAUCAAUGUUAUAUAUAUAAAUUGUCCAAACAAUAAGGAACCAAAGAAAACAUUUUUUGAAAAAAUUAGUAAUUUUUUUACUCCUCACUAUAAGGUUAAUGAUGUAUUUAUUAAUAAUAAAGAUAAUUAUCAAAAAUAUAUAAAGGAAAAAUGUUCUUGCUCAGAGUUAUCAUUUAGUUCUAGUAACAUUAAUAAUAUACAAAAAAAAAAAAAAAAAUCCAAUUAUAUAGGUGGUUAUAAUCCUAUAAAUAACACUAUAUGGCUUUGCUCAAAUAAUAUCACUAAUUUUUAUAGAUUAAAAUAUAUAUUAACUCAUGAACUUAUUCACGCCUUUGAUUUUGCUAGAGCAAAUAUAGACAUGUAUAACUGCCAUCAUAUAGCUUGUUCGGAAAUAAGAGCUUAUAAUAUGAGUAAUCAAUGUAGUUAUUUUAAUAGUAAAUAUUUUUCAGGUGAUCAUGAUGUUUUUAAUUAUUUAAAAAGUGAUAAUAUUGCCAAUACUUCAAAAAAUAGAUGUUUAUACAAUAAUGUUUACUCCUCACUAUACCAAUAUAAACCUUGUAAUCAAAAUACUCAUAAAUUUAUAAACGAUGUUUUUGAAAAAUGUAUACAGGAUUAUUGGCCUUUUAUGUGUGCACCUGAAAAUGAUAGUAAAUAUAAACCAUCGAAAAUUUUUAAAAAAGAUUACUAA